CUUAUGAAAUCACUCUUCUACAGUUUGUCUCUCCCUACGCCACCACAGCCACAACUAAUCCAUUCAUUCCCCGCUCAGCCACAACUAGCUUUGCAGCAACUUUAAACCCAGCUUCGAUUUGAAAAUCAUCAUGUCAUCGAUCUGAUCUCAUCUCAUCCCAUCUCCGAAAGCAGCAAACAUCAUAAUUGCAACACGGAACCGAAUCUAUUUUAUCAAUUUCCACAUCAGGAAAAGCAAUACAUUGAAACAACCCAACAAGCAAAAAUGCCACCUAAACCCACAAACUGGCGCAUGUAUGGCAAGAUGGCAGUGGCGUAUGUCUCCCCCCCCAAAUACCCCUCCCCUCUCUCCUUGCAAACCACAAACUUCCUCCCGCAACAAAACUAACAUCUUUUAUCUCAGCGGCAUAACAUGUUGUGUUGGUGGUCCAGCUCUUAUUUAUUACAUCUCCCCUACUGAAGAAGAACUCUUCCUUAAAUAUAACCCGGAGUUACAAAAACGUAGUUUGGAGAAUCGGGUGGGGAAACAGGAGGAUUUUGAUAAUUUUGUUGCGAGGUUGAAGGAGUAUAGUAAGAGUGAUAGGCCGAGUAAGUUGUGUUUUUGCUUUGAUUGUUUUUGUAAAGUGGGAGGAGAAGGAAAAGGAGGAGGAGAGUUGGAAUGGGAGAGGAUGUUAGGGAUUGCGGAAAGAGUUGAAUCAGGGUAGUUUUGGGGGAAUAUGAAAUUGUUGCUGUGAAUGCGGUAUAUGCUUCAUAUUGGGAUAGAAAUUUGCUAACUUACGUCCUUUUAGUCUGGGUCGAAGCCGAAGAAGCUGCGCGCAAAAAUCGCAGUGGAAAGAUUGAAGAACAGGCUAAAUUAAUGCAAGAGAUGCAACAGAGGAAAGAAGAAAUUAAAAAGAGUGGAACAAAGUUAAUGCCUGGUGGAAGUCUUUGAGUUCAAGGCGGAGGGCGGAAAGGUAUGGAAAUGAAUAACUGUACAACUAUGGAUAUGGCGUUUGGUUAAAAUAUGAUGUUGAUGCAAACUGGCUUGUUUGAAUGGCGUAGAUUGGGAUGGGAAUGAAAAUCUCAAUGGUUGGAUUCUGUCAGCUAUAUAGCUGCUUUUUUAUAAUAUAGUAUGAUAUGCGUUUACUGAAG